AAUCAGUAAUAAUAAUAAAGUAGCCAAAUAUAAGAAAAUGGCCCAUGACCGUGAAGUGUUGCGCAUGAUAUGGGAGGGGCAAAUUGCAAUUUGCUUCCAAGCCGAUGGCGAUGAAAUCGUUGGCCUUAAGCCCGAACCCUUCUACCUGAUGGUCUCGCGUCUAAGCUACUUACCUCUCGUCACUGAUAAGGUGCGAAAAUAUUUCAGUCCUUAUAUACCCAAUGAGCAUCAGGAGGGAGCUGUCUGGUUCGAUUUUAACGGCACACCCCUGCGUCUACAUUUUCCAAUUGGCGUGCUUUUUGACUUGUUGCAUCCGGAAGGAGACACCGCGCCAUGGUGCCUCACGAUACACUUCUCCCAUUUUCCCGAAGAGACUUUGGUGAAAUUGAACACAAAAGAACUGCUCGAAUCACAUUAUAUGUCCUGCCUAAAGGAGGCCGACGUGCUAAAGCAUAGAGGCCAAGUGAUAUCCUCGAUGCAGAAGAAAGAUCACAAUCAGCUCUGGUUAGGGCUAAUCAAUGACAAAUUUGAUCAGUUCUGGGCCGUUAAUAGGCGACUCAUGGAACCCUACAGCGAUCAGGAGUCGUUUAAAAACAUUCCAAUUCGAAUUUAUUAUGACGAUGAUUUUACAUAUACGCAAAAAUUGAUUUCCCCCCUAAGCGAGAGUGGACAAAAGAAGAACCUUGCCGACCUGAUGGCCGAAUUAUCGACACCUGUGCGCAAAGCGGUGGGAAUUCGAACCCAUGGGAUUGAUCUGCACGAAGAAACGCAACUCCAAUGGAUGUCCGAGCAUAUGAGCUAUCCGGACAAUUUUCUGCAUUUAUCGAUUGAAUAUAAGAAUGUGUAAUUGCAAGAAGGUGACCGAGUGGCCAGUGACCGAUUUACUACAUGUAAUUAUUAUUAUAAAUAUUGUAUUUUUUUUAAUGCAUGUAAAAUAAUAUACCACAUAAGUUUGUGCAAUAUAGCUCGAUCUAGCAUUUAAACUUGGUUCUACAAACGACGCGUACGACCUAAGCGACGAGUUCAAAAGUCUUGGAUCCUAUAUUGUAGACGAGCCAUAUUUAUACCUAAAUACCAUUGCAGCUAGAAAAUACCAAGUAUAAGAUUUGCUUAACAUUUCAUCGAUCAAGUUAACGUAUUUGUGAAAGCAUUAUUAUUAUACGACAGCCGGCAACCCGGCGAGCUAUUUAAAGCGCCAGGCACCCCCAUGCUCAGCCCAUGCCAUACCCGUACCCAUACCUACUUGUAUACCCAUACUUAUACCCAUACCUAUGCCCAUACUUAUACCCAUGCUUAUCAAUAUUUUUAUGUAUCAUGCAUUCUGGAAGUGGGUUGAUUGGGCCCCGUGCGAUUCGUGUCCGUUGUCAAGAUAAUGCAACCUUACACAAUAAUUCGUGUUGUGAAAUUUGGAUUGCUCCUUUUGUACGAUAUACGUAUAUAUAGCAUAUAUACAUAUGUAUAUAUAAUAAGAUAAUCGAUUAUCAUAAUGGCCACAGGGCGAAAGACUAGCCCACAAUAUAUCUAUACAUGCAUAUACAGAUAGUAUAUAUACAUAGAGGGACAAAGAAACAUUUCAGCGCUCGCUGAAAAUAGAAACGGGAAGUCAAUCGCCGCCAUUUGAUCAUGAUUAAUUUGUUUACUUAACUAGCACUAAGUGAAAUUAAAAAUAAACAUUAAAAAAUCAAAUGCAAUAAAUACAUUUUGAACACUGUA